GCAGAGUUGAGUGGAAGAGGAUCACGGCGGUAUUGCGUCUCAACCAGACUCCUUUAUUUUGCAGUUUUUAGAUGUCAGCAGAGUUUUCCUGAGAUUGUUGAAAAGUCCUGUUAAAGUAAGACACGAGCUCCACCCUUCCUCUUCAUCCUCCGGCCAUGCGGUGCGGCUCUUCCCUUGCCUUGUCUGGUGUGGACGAGGAAGUGCAUCGUACAUUCAAAAUUCAGAUAUUAUUCAGCAGUGCCAAACAAGUGUCUCAAAAGCCAGGGAGUGGGCGCGGACGAUGGAUAGUGACGAUCAAGUGCGUGACAUGUUCUUCUGCAGAUAAACAUCAAUGGGUGACUGGGGAUUGCUGCAGAUCUCGUGUUCAAGAGGAAAGCAAGUUGUGGAAUUAGAAAAGACCACUGUUCUUUUAGUUCCCUUAGAACUUGACCACUGUUCUUUUAGUUCCCUUAGAAGUUGAAGUAAAGUCCAUGAGGUCAUGGAGGAUGAUGAAAAGCAAGAGGGAAAGAGAAAGGCACAGCGUCCGAGGAAGCAAAAAGCCACUGUUAAAUAUGAAGAAAUUUUUUCCUCUGAUUUGUCAGAUUGUGACUCAUCAGAUUGCUACAAACCCGCUAAAGAUCUUGAGGAUAGCACAUCUGAUAGCUCUGCCAAUGAAAUCAAGAGGAAUGUUAAAAAGAGGAAAAACAGAAACUAUAGAAACAAUGAGUUAUUAUCUGAUGAGGACUUGAAUGAUGGCUCAAAUAAUUAUUUUUCGAAGGCCAAGAGAGGAGUUAAAAAGAACAAGAGAAAGACUAGCAAUAAUGGUGCUCAAAAAAAGAAUAGAAGAAAGAAGUCAAAAGGCAAGGGAGGACAUUCUGUGGAUAAGUCAACUGUACAAGAAAUAGAAAACAUUGAUGAUAAUGAGAGGGAAAAUGUCCAGCAAGAACGGAAACGUUCAGGCAGAGCCACUUUAGGUCCAUAUUCUAUUAUUGGUCAUUGGUACCUUGCAUCUGGUUUCAUGAAGGACCUGAUAGCUUUGUUUGAAGCUUUUGAUAAGCAGGACAGUUGGAGAUUUUGUGCAUUUGCAGAAUGUUGGCAGAAAUAUAAAUUUUCUCUCAUAUACAGGGGUCGAUACAGUUUCAAAGAACUAUUGGAAUUUUCUCAAGAAAUAUGUUUUUGGACCAAGAAGAUGUUAUCUCCUAAUCACAAAGUGAAGUGGAGAGUGGGAGCAUUGUAUGCACUCUAUGGACUCUAUUACAAACAUCCCUUCAGGUACUUUUAUAAAAUAAGAAUGGAAAUGGAGGCCUAUGAAAAUAUGGUCAAUCUGGUAAGAAUUUUUCAUUCUAGUUCAGAAAACCCAGAUCCAGCAUUUAUCUUCUACAAGCUGACUAAAGAUGGCGCAUUCCAUCAUGUUGCUUCUUCAGAUGAAAUGGGAUUGCAUUUCCAUUGUCCAGAACGGCAGUGGGAAACCAUGAAGUAUGAGAUGCAGUGGGGUUUACAGGAACACUCUUCUGAGUCAAUCUUUUCUGAUCACAAAUGCAACAUUCAAAAGACACUCAUGGAGGAAUAUGAGAAGGUGAAGACUGAAAUCUGGGGUAAUGAUGGUGAAGGACUGGACAAGGCAAUGACAUAUGUACAGCCCAAUAUCUUAACAGAAGUUCGCAGUGUCUUGGCCGAGCUACAUCAUGAUGACCGCAGUAAAACAGUUAAUUCCAGUCAAGAAUCAAUAGAUGGGAAUCAGGAACAUGCUGCUUCAACUGAAAUGUCAGAAAUUGGGCAAAGAAAAAGUGAGAUCCGUAUGAAGGCAGCAUCAUUAUGUACCACCAGUGAGUUCCUUCAAAGAAAACUACUUAGAAGUCCACAGAAAACCACCAAGAAGGGAGAAAAUCAACAAAUUAGUGAAUCUGUUACAGGUAGUGUUAGUGAUGGUACAGGAGCAGGUAACCUAAAUGUUUGUGAUGAUAAUGAAAAGGUUACAACUCUCAGGAAAAUAAUGGAAUUCAUGCAACCACCUGAAGAAGGUGGUCUUCCCCUCAAGUCUUUAAGAACUAAGAAAAAUAAAAGGAUGCAAAAUCCAAUUAAAGAUGAAAUUGAUUAUCAGUUUGAGGAUAUUGAAAAUUUUGAUUCUGAAGCAUUACUGUUAAAUGAUUCAUCACAAGAUGGCCUUCAACCAGAUUCAUCACAAGAAGACCUUCAACCAGAUUCAUCACAAGAAGACCUUCAACCAGAUUCAUCACAAGAAGAUCUUCAACCAGAUGUAACCAGUCUUCAGGCAUCACAACAGAAGAGAGGCAGAAAAAGGAAAACUGUUAUUACUCAAAAUGAAUCUCCCAUCAAAAAGAAGCCAAGGAAAACAUCUUUGCCAAAACAAGAGAAAAGAAGCAAGAGCACAAAGAAAAUGCCAAAACAAGGGAAAAGAAGUAAGAGCACAAAGAAAAGCAGUCCAAGAAACUCUCUGAAGUGUGAACCUGAUAAUGAUUCACAAAUUGAGAUGAAUGAAGUUCUUGAGAGUGAAAAAGAACCAGAAAGCUCGACAGGUGGAAAAGUCCUGGUUAAUAAAAAGAAGCCAAGGAAAACAUCUUUACCAAAACAAGAGAAAGGAAGCAAGAGCACAAAGGAAAACAAUCUAAGACAUGAAAGUUUCAAAUGUGAACCUCGUAACAAUUCACAAAUUGAGAUGAAUAAAAAAGUUAUGGAGAGUGAAAGUGAACCAGAAAGCUUGACAGGUGGAAAAGUCCUGAUUAGUAAUACUUCUGUGAGGAGGAAAGAGGAAGAAUUACAAUCACAUGAGGAAAAUAAACAAAAUAAAUCACACAGUACACCUAACCAAGAUAAUUUAACACACAAAUAUGUAAAGAAACUCGCAAACCUCCAGUCUUGCAAUAGUGAGGGAACAGUAUCUCCAGCUGUAGUAGACAAAGAAAAAAAUCUUUCUGAAAAUGUUUGUGUAGGAGCAGUUGGAAAUGAAGAUGUGCAUGGAUGUUUUGAUAUGAACAAUGUAACGAAGAUUCUGCAAGUAGAAAUAUUAGCUACCAUACCAAAGAAGAGAAGUCUUCAGUCAACUCUUAAGGCAAAACGUAUGGCUUUUAUAUUAGUCAAUUUUCAAGAAGAUAAUGUAAAGGUGCAUACGGUGAAAUUUAAAAUGUCAAAAACUGAUUUGAAAAUCAUUCAGAAUAACAGAGAAAAGUUAAAUGCCUUGAAGAAAAAACUGCAUUCACUUUUGCCCUUUAAGUAUAAAAACUAUGACUUGCAUGUGCAGUUAAAUAUUCAUCAGUCAGUUAUGGAAGAGAUGGAAACUUGUGAGGAGGCAAAGCAUUCUACACACAGACUCAAAGCCUUCACAGAAAAUGGUUUUGAACCACAGACCUUUGACUCCAUAUCAGUUAAAACUGAACCUUCUGAGACAAUUGAUAAUUUAACUGAACCUUCUGAAACAAUUGAUAAUUUAACUGAACCUUCUGAGACAAUUGAUAAUUUAACUGAACCUUCUGAGACAAUUGAUAAUUUAACUGAACCUUCUGAGACAAUCAAUAAAAUUGACACUGGUUUACCACAUGAGGAACCCAUGACAUCUUGCACACAGGAAAAACUGGGUUCUUCAUUAAUGACUGAAGACUACCACAUCCCAUCAAGUUCACCACCUGAAAUCCAUGAUGACAUGAAUCACAUCAAGAAAGUGGUUCAAGUGGAAAUCAUUGCUAAUACUGAAGAGAAUUUUGGUAUUGUAAACAAAACUGAAGAUACAGUUAGCCUAAAUGUGAAUUUCCAAGUUGAAGGAAUUGGAAUACAUCAGGCAAAAUUUCUAGUUUCUGUCAAAGAUUUUGAAACUCUUCUGAACAACAAGACUAUGUUAGAGAGUUUAAUGAAAAUAUUUCGUUCAUUUCUUCCUCCUAGGUACCAGAUGAAUGAAAUGCAGUUGCAUUCACUUGUUCAGCAGUCAGUCACAGAGGGCAGUAUAGAUGCUUUACAAUAUUCCAGACAAGGUUGUGAUUCUUCAGGAAUCUUAUCCUAUGAUGAUGCUGCCACACCAUUUAAAGCAAAUAAUAAUAUGCUUAACACAAAAGCUUAUACAUCUCCCUCCCAGAAAGGUCUUUCAAAAAACGUUACAAAUUCUCACUCAGAAGCUUCAGCAGCUCAAGUUCCACAACCUCCCAUUGUAGGGAAAGUUAAAGAAUACAGUUCAUUGAGGCCCAUAGAUCAGGACCAAUAUAACACCAACACUACAGCACAGCCAACUUGCUUAACAUUAGACCCACUGUGUCUACAAAGAACUACCAAGUCUCCUGUGAAUCCCUUAAUUAGUGAAGGAAGUCAACAAUCUGAAUCUUGUAGUAUACUUAGCCAAAAUAGAGAUGACAAUUACAUUCAUGUAUCCAAUAAUCCCUCCAAAACUCAACACCAAAAUUUGCCACAUAAGAUUGUAUCCAGAACAUAUGGAGAUACCAAGCCUGACAUAAUGUUCAUGGAUGAACCAGUAUUACCACCACAAGUGUACAGAAUGGAUACAGAGUCACCAGCAAAAUUACUGGAUUCUGAAAGGUCCAUAGAAGCUACACACGUAAAUGAUGGUAUAAAAAAUUCUGAUUGUGAUCUCAUAAACAAUAGUUUGGAUUUCCAUACUAGCUCUGACAUGCACUUCAGUCCAAAGACAAAUGAGAUCAAGAAAAAUACUUCACUAUUAAAAGGUACAAAUCAUUCCAACACAGAAACCUGCACAAUUUUAUGGAAAACUAAAAGCAAUUUACAUACUGAGAGUGACAAGAACCUCCUCCCUUCAUUGCCAUUUAGUGACUGUUCCAGUGAACAUUUCGAAAUGGUUAGCAGUGGGCAAAUGAAGACUGUAAGUGAAACCGUAAGAAAUAUUGAUCAUAUUGAGCCCACUGUGAGUGCCUCAAGCAGCAGUGAUACAUCCAUGAGGGGCAUCAGUUCAUUGCCACCAUCUCCACACUCUCCAGUAAGGAUCAGUUCUGGAAAUUUAGUGAAAUCUGGUAGACCUAUAUCAAAAGCUAAUGACAACAAUACAGUUUGUUCAUAUUACUUUUUCUCAAGGACAAAAAAGUAUGAUCCAUCCUUCAAUAAACAAACAAGAUCUUCCUCAAAUUCUGACAUCAAGAAGCCACCUGUUAGAUUCUUAUUCAUGGAAAAGUGGUUUUCAAAAAAGGAACAUUGAUCUUUUUUUAUUGUUUGUGUUUUUUUAAAAUGUUGUGGCCUAUACACCUACGCGAGGAUGUCUAUCUGAUCCCAUGCUCACCACCUUAUCCACUACGCCACUAGGUGUGUGUGUGUGUUUGUAUUAAGAGGGGAAAACUGGCUAAAAGCAACUGUAUUAAGAGGGGAAAACUGGCUAAAAGCAACAAAAACACGAACAAAAAAGACCACUUCCAAACCAACAUCUGGAAUAUUUAGGUUGGAGAAAAGAAUGAAAAAUGUAUGCUUCCAUGCCAGACACUAUUGAUAACCUCUGUUAUGCACUCAGCACACAGAGAUGGGUGUCUGACAUGGAAGCAGUUGUCAUUCCAAGGAAACUUUGCAUAGUACCUCCUCAGGUCCCCCCAACUGCCAGAGGUGAAAUGCCUCAAGCACCUCCAAUUUGGGGGAUCUUGAGGAGGUAACGGAGAAAUGGGACAAGAUACAAAUAUGAGAGUAGUUAUGAUUGGAGGAACCUAACAGGGACAAUAGGGUAACAGUAUAUGCAGAAAGACUCGAUGUAAAGACAAAAGAACAAGAAUGUUGGAGAUUUGGUGAAAUGGUUAACAUUGAUUAUAAAACACUUCAAAAUUGUGAAAUGAAAAUAGUCUGUAUUUAAAAAAAGUUUACUUCUUACUGCCAAUAUAUUGUUGCUUCAGUUUUUUUCACAAUCAAAUUGUACAUACUCUGAAAAUUAGCCUGUACAGCAUUAGGGUUUGUCAGAGAUAGGAUUUUAUAUUUAUAUAUUUCUAAAGCUUUUGUUCAGUAUAAAAAAAUAAAGAUGUGUGUAUGUUAGCGUAUGUACCUGUAAUAUGUAAAAAUUAAAUUAAAGAUGUGUGUAUGUUAGCGUAUGUACCUGUAAUAUGUAAAAAUUAAGUUGUAUGGCUGCCUUUCAAAUAAACCAAAAUAUUAUUAAGUUUA